AUGGCUGAAUCCAAGGAAGACCUUGGAGCUGUAUUCACGAUACCUGACUUUUGGGGACCGUCGAGACUCCUCCAUCAGAUAGCUGAUGACCCACAGGCUCAAAAUCCCUUCUUUUCUCCUGGGCUCAGAGAUAUAAAAUCGGAGCUUGUCCAGCUUGGCCAAGUGUCAGUAGAGCAAAGUGGCUUCUUCAGGUUACCGUCCCAGCUUGAGCUUCAAGACAAGCCAGAGCCAGAGUUAGAAGUAACUGCGUCUACCAACAACAUCCAAGCCUCCACGGAAAGUCUAGAUGAUCAGGAAAUUGGCGAUGACAUCUGGAUACACACCGAUGAACCAGAAGAGAAGACACCAGAACACAAAACUUGGGAUAGCUUCAUCUCCGGUACGCCAGCUGGCCAGCAACAGCCUUUGGUGACGGAAGCUGGAGCCGCGGUCUACGAUGCCUUACUAGGUUGGUCCGCCGACCCCCUUGAACUGAAAAGCUCCGAGGUUCCUAUUGUCGAUAUCAAAACCUACUUUUCUUCAUUGCUUGCUCUGGCCCUUGGUCAGGAAUCAAUUUUCUACUCCAAACAGGAGAAAGGCCGCUCUUUUGCACCGGCGAUUCCAAGCAUGCGGGUCACAGGGUAUUCCAAAGAUGUUCUCCAGGGUCUGGAAAAACAAUGUCACCGCUGCGGAUCAAUGUUGCUCGAAUUGCGGUCCUUUGUCAAUUCUACUUAUGCAAAGCGCACGUCCAAAUGCGGCGUUGCUUUGGCUGGUGUGCUUGAUCAAAUCCUGAAGGACGUUCAGCGACAUGUCGCUCUCCAUAGGCAGACACCGCGAUCGCUUUUGGAACUCCAAUCAACAGUCAAAGGAAUACUUGCAAUUCUGAUACCAUUUCAAAGACUUGCUUCCAAAUUCCGUAAAGGUUACGAAGACCAACAUGUUCUCUCCCAAGUAUUCCAUGAAGCAUACUCGGUCGAUUACGGUGAAGAACAGCUCCGAGGCAUCAUGCGCGAAGUUCUACAGAGAGUCUCUUCGCCUUGGAUCGAAUUCUUGGAAGAAUGGAUCGGGACCAGGCAAGAAAAAGGGAUUCCCUUAACCAAAGCCAAUGUUGGAGCGAGCAAAGGCUUUGUCAAAGUCGACACAGAGAAAUAUACGGACGAUUUCGGGCAGGAAGUUGAGGACAUUGACUUUCUCUUGGACGAGACCAAAAUGCCCCAUUUCAUGCCCUACGAUAUUGCCAAGUCUAUAUUUGAGACAGGCAAGAAUCUGCGGUUCAUUAGGGAGUGCCACCCCGAGCAUCCCUUGGCUUCAUCAGCUAUCAUCAGUGCGACCGACCCCCCGAAGGUCAGCUGGCUUUACGACUGGAACGCCAUCGAGAACCUUGAGAAACGUGUAGCCAAGUAUCACGACGAUCUCUUGGGGGCAAUCCGCGACUGUUCAUUUCGAGACAGAGUCAACUCGGAAAGCAAUGGACUCGCGGUUGGCUCUGAGAUUGAAAACCCGUUCUUUCGUGAAGACCCCACAUCAGAAACAGCGGGAGGGCUCUUGAGUACUCUUACGGCACGUAUGGAUGAGCCCUUGCCUGAUGAUAUGAGCAAAGAGGAUACAUUAAGCCAAAUCUUGCGUGAACGUCUCACCCAGUCUGCUACCCGCAAGUCUCAAUCUCCUACCAUUGGCUUCGACUUCACGCCUCAUCCAUCACUUCUUCCCGUGCUUUCGUUCGGGGGUAUUGCUUCUGCACAAUCUGAGAUUGUUAACCAGGAAAGUCUCAGGCUGCUGUUUAAUAACCAUGAUUUACGUGGUCACCUGAAGAUGCACCGUGAUUUUCACCUCUUUGGUAGCGGCAUGUUCGUAAGCCGCCUGUCCCAUGCCCUAUUCGAUCCAGACCUAGAAACAGCCGAAAGACAGGCGGGAGUUGCACGACAAGGAGGUGUCAUGGGUCUUCGCCUGGGAGGACGAGACACUUGGCCACCAGCGAGCUCGGAAUUACGUCUAGCUCUUAUGGGCGUUCUAGCCGAGAGCUUUGAUUCAGACAAUGGGUUCGCUAAGGAAAAGCUGGCCAGUAUAUCGAGGGAUGCGUCUGAGCUCCCAGGAGACAUGAGCUUUGCUGUCCGAGAUUUGUCGCAGGAAGAGAUCGACAAAUGCAUGAACCCAGAUUCCUUGGAAGCUCUCGACUUUUUACGAUUGUCGUACAAGCCCCCUGCGGCAUUAUCCAGCAUCAUCACCCCUGUGAUUUUGACGCAGUACGAUCGAGUCUUCAAGCUGUUGUUAAGAAUCAUGAGGAUGGUUUAUGUCGUCAACCAAUUGUUCUUAGAUGUCAAUGCUAGGACCAGUCGCUGGAACGACCCUGAGGAUAUUUCCUACCGAUUCACUCGAGAGGCCCACCAAUUCGUUUCCGGUAUCACCUCCUUUUUCAUGGAUGCUGGGGUUGCCAUUCCUUGGGAAGCAUUCGAGGCUAAACUAGACAAAAUCGAAGCUGACUUGAAGAAUCCUUCGACAGCCAAGAGUAUAGCAGAUAAGGUUGAGAGUCCUGAUAGACUACGAGAGUUUCACUCCCGAGUGCUUGAUCGAGUCAUGCUUUCUCUGUUUCUCCGGAAACGACAGCAACCAGUGCUGAAUUUGCUCGAAGAAAUCUUUGGUGCAGUUCUUGAAUAUGCCAAAUUUUCACGAUUCAAGGCUCUUGGAAAGAACCAAACUACCGACCCGAGAGAACUGGAAGAACUACAGCGUUUGUAUAGCAACUUCAAGAAGAAAGUGCAGAUCUUCAUGACUGUCUGUCGAGCCUUGACCGAAAAGAGCCGAUCAACAAGCAAUAAAGUCUCGGACGAUUUGGGUUUGAAACAAGAGGGUAUUGGUGAAGACCAUAUGGUCGCUCAAUUACUGUUAAAGCUCGAUAUGGGACACUACUACACGAAACACUAG